AUGGCAGCAGCAGAUUGGCUGAUCUAUGACCCUAUACAUAAGGUGAUUAUAUGCAAGGUCCACGGCUUUGCUAUUGCUGCCCUCUCAAGCCACCUAUCCAGACAACAUGCCGACCUUAGCUGCCGCACCCGGAAUACAAUUCUGGCCGCAUACAAUACACUGGAGAUAGAGCGGCCUGCCAAUGCCGAUUUCCACUACGGACCCGCCAAUCCAACAGCCGCCAUCGACGGCCUGACCAUCCACUCGGGCCUUGCAUGCAAAGACUUUGAGCAGUGCCGGUUUCUAUCGACGAGCCGGAAGAGGCUGAAGGUCCACUGCAAGAAAGAGCAUCAGUGGCAGGUAAGCCGGGCCGACCCAACCCACUGGACCGAGGUGAAGCUGCAGACCUUCUUCACCGCACCCGGCGGCGCUGUCCACUACUUCUGCGUCACCACGGGGACGUCCGAGGCCGAUGACACAGAGGAGGUCGAUCCAGACGCAGAUCCCGAGGAGGCAGGCGGCGGCAGCAGACAGCAGCAGCAGCGUUCCAAGCUGAUCGCCGACAUCAAGGAGCAGUGGAAGUACGAGCAGAGCCGGCAAGAAGAGCUGCAGAGGGUGCUCGCAGAGGGAAUCCUAAGGCACGAGACGACGACCUGGCUCCGUCGGUCCGGGUGGACGGCCCACUUUAACGGCCGGACCUACACCAGAUCCACCUCUGCAGCCGGAUGCCCGGGCCCGAGGACGACCGCUGCGUGGACGGCUGAAGAGCAUGCCGCUGAUGACACGCCUGCUCCUGGCCAGCCCGCACCCUCACGACGCCCACAGCCGGCCGUUCGGGCCGCUGCAGGAGCGGACAAGCAUGGAGCGGAACCUGACCUACUGGAAACGCUUCCUCUGCUACUGCCUGAACGUGCUGAGCCUGGACGAGGCCGCGCUGCUGGACCAGCAUGGCUUCCGCUUUACGGAGGCGCAGCGGGCCAGCCUGGAGCAGCUGUGGGACCACGUGCGGAGCGACCACUGGCCCGACAGGCUGCUGCAGGAGGAGCUGCUGCAGCCCGCUCUGGCACUUCGUCGCCGUCCUCGGCAUCGACGGGAGUCGGGGCAGCUCCGGCCGGCCUACCUCUUCACCUACGUGCUCGCGGGCCUCGUCUACACCGGCAGGGUGCUGCUGGGCGAGUGGGCCCUGCCGACGGAAACGAGGCGGCCAUGGCCAACCCGGAGCAGCACUUCGCCAAGAUCCGGCUCCAAUGGCUCUGCAAGGCCACGUACUCGCCCAUGGGCUAUAUCCUGAGCCUGAUGCUCUACGGCCAGAAGAUCGCCAAGGAGACGGGCAGCCGGCUGAUGGUGUCGUGGAGCAAGCACGGCGAGGUCAUGUUCUUUAUGGGCACGCCGGUCCCGAUGGACAGCAUCCGCAGCAUGGUGGCUGAGAUGAUUACAGACGCAGAGGAUCUGCUGUGGGAGUCGCUGAUGUUUAAGAAGGGGAGGAAGCCGGAAGGCAGCGGCGAGGAGAAAGGGGACGACGACGGCAACGGUAAUAGGGAGCGGCAUCACCGCAACAGGGCGAUAUCCUCGACGGCAGCCAUAGCGAUACGAGUGCUGGCAACACCCGGUUUACCAUCCCGCUCGAUGCAUACAGGACGACCUAACCUAUACCCAGCGGCGGACGAUCCUUUGUCCACAGCAACGGACUUGCGGCGAGAGGUCGAGAUGCUCGAGGAUCUGGUCGCAGGGCCGCAGAGGCAGACUUCCUGCAUACCAGAGGGCGGUGGGAGUGGAAGUGGCCUAGGGUUCGGCACCCACAUGACGGCAGGCCAGCCCAGCCGCGGCGAGGAGAUUACGGGCCUGCGCCUGAUCAACGGCAUCAACCGGGACCGGAACGUCUUUAUCAUCGACGGCGAGGUCGUGCUGAUUACCCAGUAUCACAAGUCGCAGGCCCACUUCGACUCGCCCAAGGUGGUGCCGCGCUUCCUGCCCGCGCGCGUUGGGCAGCUGAUGGUGAUGUACAUCGUCUACAUCCGGCCCGCUCGUCGACCGCUGGGAGGCCGACCGCUGGUCGCUCUACGACAAGAUGAACCCGCCGAGCGACUUUAUCUGGCACCGCGAGGACGGCACGCCCUGGGGGAGCACCCAGCUGUCAGCCGGGCUGGCCAGAUGGACCAAGCACUAUAUGGGCCUUCCGGUCCCGCUCCGGGACUGGCGGCAUAUUGCUGUCGCCAUCAGCAAGAGACAUGCCCUGGCAGCGGGUACGAGAACCCCGACGACCUCGCCGCCAGCCACAGCACCAAGACGUCAGAGAAUUACGGCGUCACAAUCGAUGUGCUUAAGCGCCUGACGGCCGAGUCUCUGGACAUAUUCGGCCAGAACCCCCUCUACAUCCGCGCCUCCAGCCACCGCGUCAACGCCCAGUACUCCGUUCGCCGGGUCAAGAGCGGGCAGGGCAUUAUGGAGGUCAAGAGGCUCGUGACGGCAUGGACAGUGGGCAACAAGCUGGCGGCGGGGGAGAAGGGCAUCAUAUACUGCACCAGCCACGCCAAGUGCAGGGCGCUGGCUCAGCAGCUGCAGUGCCACUACUACCACGGGAUGCGCGAGGACAGUGAUGCUCACUUUGCUGCCCAGCGCAGUACUGGCUUCCGGGCCUGGGCCGAGGGCACGAUGCUAUACAUUGUAGCUACGGCGGCGCUGGGGACGGGCAUUGACAUCCCGGGUAUCACGCAUGUGAUCCACCUCGAGGCGCCGCACAGCAUCAUCGACUACGCUCAGGAGGCCGGGCGGGCCGGGCGGGCCGGGGAGCGCGUUACGGCCGAGAUCAUCAUCGAGGACAAGGACUGGCCAGUCGAGGACCCAUCCAAGGACGGCUGCCUCGAGCUGAAAGUGCGCGAAGUGAACAGCCUGAUCCGGACGCAGGGCUGCCGGCGCCGCAUCCUCGGGCAGUGCCUGGACGGCGAUGUGCGGGACUGCAAAGGGAUCGGCGCCGCGGCUCUGUGUGACAACUGCGAGGCGGCCGAGCUGGUUUGGAAGAGCGAGCUGUCCUCGCAGGGCAUCGUGAUGAUGCAGGCCCGCGGCAGGAUCAUUUCCCGCGCCAUGCAACAGAUGCAGGCGGCGCUGGAGGAGGUCGAGGAGCUGGGCGGCAAGCUGGGCUGCCGGAUAUGCUGGAUGUUCGACGGGGCCAAGGAGGCACGGCAUCAGUGGACGGCGUGUGACGACAUCGAGGACUGCCUGUCCUUCCUCAGCUGCAUGGACUUCCAACGGAAGAUCAACUACCGCAGGGACCAGCAGGCCAGCUUCCUGAGCUGCUUCUACUGCCAUGUAUCACAGAAGCUCUGCGAGGACGGGUAUCAGAGCGGCGGCGCCACAUGCCGAUGGAAACACGUCGUGAUUCCGUUGGCCUAUGCGGCUACAACCGAGCCAGCUCUAUGGAGCCGCAUCCAGGGGCUUGCAGGGCGUACCUUUAAGGGGCUGGAUGAUUAUGCAAGCUGGCUUGGGCGGAAGCAUCUGAAGCUGGUUUAUAGAGCAGAGAUAUAG